CAAAAAAUGCGUCAUUGAGGGCAUCUAGUCUAUAUAAUUUCUGGAACCGAUUUCUCAUGUUCGGAAAUACCCUUCUCCGCUUACUUUUAUUUUCUUUGUCCAAUGCACCAGUGGUUUGUGAAACAUCACGUGAUUGAAUCUCGGGUCAAACCGGGAAAGCAGACUGCUUUUCGAGGUCUUGUCCCGCUUGCCUUUUGGUCUCCACUCCCCCAAAAGUUGACCCUGCCACAAUCUUGCCUUGCUUAGCCGGACGAAAAUGUCUCACAUGCGCUCACAUGCACGGGCCCCACCAUUAUCGGCUAUUCGCUCAUGUCCCGCUCCUGCUGUCUUAGACACACACCUCUUAUCCGCCGUAUAAACGGUGCGGCCGCACUUGCGCGUCUUAACACUUACUGAACACCCGCAUUUCAAUUGCCCCCGACAGUGAAUCAAACUAACGACUGCUCAAGAAGAUGAAGUUUAUCCCCGCAUCGAUUCCGCUCGCGAUGGCUGUAGCGACCGUCGCUCUCCCUGUGACGUCCUCUGAGCCCUCGAAUCAAGGGCUCGCAUCCCUAGCCUCGGCCGAUGCCGUUGCAUACCUCUCUUACUCCGCCUCUAAGACGCCCUCUUCGGUCACUGGUUCACGUCCCGUGCCCUCUGGAUCCGCUGCGGCAGCGAGCGACAUGGCGACAAGGAGUUUAGUAAUGGACGUGGCGUGGGGUGUCACACGGCUAGUGAAUGUGAUGAAUGUGCUGCCCAAUGUGGCCUACUCCCGGGGCGGAGCUCACACGAUCAUAGUCAAGCUCUUACUUCUCGUCGCGGAGCUAUCGAGCAGCAUGACCGGACUGCCAUCUCGCGCACUUACCCCAGACGAGGUAUUGGGCAUAAACGUAGCUUUGCGAACGCUGCAGAACUCGCUCACGCAACUGCUGUUCGCAAGCCCGUCGAUCCCGACACCGGUUCUCGCGACAUUAAAGCCGCUCUCGGGUCCUCUUAGUCAAGUUGCCACAGUACUUGGCUACUCGGGCCCGGCUUCCACUAUCUCAAACGUUCUCGAUCGGCUCCCAGUAUGAUGCAGUUCAUAACGAAUGAGAUCCUGAUUUGUACGACGACGACGGAGAUUCAUGUUCGAGUUGGUGGUGUGCGUGGUAUCUUGCCCAUGUACUUUCUCGCAUUCAGCGUGCUUGGUGACUUGUAUGAUAGCGAUUCAAGUUUAGUGAUACAUACAAGAGUCAGCCUACGAUAGUGCUGUGUCUAAAUCGGCAUCCAAAGUCGGGUCCCAGGGGAUUUACAGAACAUUUACAUGCUCGACGUCGAGAUCAGAUGUAUUGUUGAAUGAUGUAGCGUAUGAGUGCGGGGAAGCGCGAAUAGCGUGGUAUCCGAUUGUACCUCGCUGGCCGGAACGUUGACGUUAAGCGUAUGACCCGUUUACCUUUGUUGAGGCGAGACUGCUCAAGGCUGUUUUGAAGCGCCUCAAGAUCCCAGCGGCUAAGAAAAAUCUCGUGUAGCGCUUGCUGUGGUUCCAGAACGACAACACCGACGAGCACGUCGCUGCGUUGGGCUUCCGAAGCGGAGGCGAGGGCUUUUCGUAGCCAUGAUUGAAACUGAGGAUCCAAUCGUGUUCAGGAUGGAUCCCCUAGUCAAACCAAUGAUCGUCGAAAGGUUCAGGGCCUUCCCAAAUUGUUGGAGGGCUGCUCAAUCUUCUGCGCUGAUGUCGUUGCACGCUUGUAGCUUUGGCAACCAGCGAAAAAAAUCGAUGUCUCAUCCGUCUCGUUGCAAUCUCUUACUCAACAUGACCUGGUACAAGUUCCCCAUGAUCGGCCAGAUUCGCCGUAAAACACAUCAAUCGUGCUACUUCUUGGUGCUUUGAGAAGUGUAUGGGGGCGUUCCGAUCUCAUCCCGAAGCACAAUUUGCGCAGAAGUGAGUUCACAGGUUAAGCUUGAUAAGGGAGAUUUUUUUUGCUGGAUUCGGCGAGCAGGCCAUAUCGAGCCUGGACAGUUUUAUCCGGGCACAGUUUGAACCCCAACAUAUUGAGGUUGCACUCGGGCAUCGUGGUCCCCUUCAUACGAAGGGGAUGCAAACACCCCAAGCCUCCCGGACAGAGCUUGGCAGUGAUGAUAACAGGCUGCCGCAGCGAGACGGUGCAACAAAUUCUAUGAGAGAAGCCUCACGUGCGGCACAAGCGAUUCCCAAGGAGCCAUCACACAAGCCUUAGUUCAAACUUCGACAUGUGGGAGUGGCGAUCGAGUGCGGGAUAUCGGGAAAUGAUCUGGUGACAAAGAUGCCAUGAUAGCUGGUGGCAAAUUGUGAGGCCACCGUCCCCCAUUCUGG